CAAGUCUCAAGGCUCCUUUACAAAGAUCAAGAGAAGCCGGGCAGACCCUUGGAAGGAAGACCAUGCGUGUCCUACUGUCAGCAUGCUAUUUCUGGGCUGCAACUGUCCUUCUGAAGUCCUUUGGGGCUCUCGGCUUCCCGGUCGGGGAUUCAUCCGGGGAUGAAGAAUUUAGCGACGUCCCCUGUGCCAGGGCUUCGCCGGUUGGACGCCCGCCCUUGCACACGAGCGCCUACUUGGCUCAUUGGCUCUGGGAAACGGCGGCCAGUUGGAACGAGUUGUUGUGUAAGGAGCAAGACAUGUGUAAAGGCAGUAUGGAGAUAGUGAACCAAAAUAAUCUCCAUCUUCCGAAGAUCACUCCAAACAAUGGAUGCUAUGAACCUGGAUUCGAAAAGGAGACAUGUUUGAGAAACCUUUCAAGUGGCCUUUACAAAUUUCAGACAUAUUUGGAAUACAUAGAAGAAGCAUCUAUUGAUGGGGCACAUGGUACUACAUCUAUAUGGCCAAGCACACAACGCCUGGCAAAUAAUUUGCGAUCCAUGAUGAACAAUCCUGAUACAGUAACUAUGCCACUUCCAGAGAAUCAGAAAGCUAUUUCUGCAGAACUUCGAGAGCAGAGACAUUGGAAUGCUACAGUUACCAAGCACCUCAUACUUCAAGGUUUUAUUUCAUUUAUGGAAAAAACCACAAGAGCUAUUCGCCAUCUAUGUAUGGCCAAUGCCUGAAUGUUUUAUAUCAUAUACAUCAGUUCUCAAAACAUCUGUGACAAAGCAGAUGGCAUUUUCGUUCUCCUUGAGAACCUAUUAUUCUUUAUGUUUUUUAAAUUGGGUAUACAGUGGUGCCUCACUUAGCGAUGUUAAUCCAUUCUGGAAAAAACAUC